CUGUGCAAAUAUAUUAAAAAAUAACGUAAAAACAAAGGUGUGAGUAUAUGGUAUGGAGUUAGUAUCGAGAGGUAUGCAAUUUUUUUCUCAAAAAAUAUUGAAAGUGCAUAUAAUUUUGUAGAUCACAAAAAACUCGUUCCAGCUGUGCAAGAAAAUUUGAAAUCCUAGUUAAAACGAAGAAGAUAAACUCGUUCCAGCUGUGCAAGAAAAUUUGAAAUCCUAGUUAAAACGAAGAAGAUAAAAUUCGAUUAAGAAAAAUAGAAAAAAUAAAAAUACAUUUAAUUCACAAUACUUAGAUCGAGAACCCACUUUAAAGAAAUGUCUAGAUUUGGUUAUGCAAGUUAUACACCAUUUAUGCACUUCGGGAGACUGUUGGUGCGUUUAGCUAAGGAUUUUCUGAUUAGGAGUAGGUUAGGUUUAAUUAACGAGGUGUAAUUUAGCGAUAGCAAGUUUGAAUGGAAUUGGGGAGGGGACUUUAGAGAAAGGAAGAAGAAAAUAGAAGAAAAUUCUAUUGUUUUUACGCCGUUGACUGGAAGCCUUAUUAAAAAAAUAAAAAAGGAUUGGCAUAGCGCCAUAGCCACAUAGGGAUUCCAUUUCAAUCAAUUUUGCGGAUUUGGUGGGCAUUCUCUCUCUCUCUCUCUCCAAGUAAAAAGGGUGAAAAACAAAAAUGAUCCAUCCUUUCAUUUAUCACCCUCACCAUCGUCUUGCCAGUCUGCCACAACCCCGGGAACCGUUGUCGCGCCAUUAAAGAGAACCUUCCUUUACCCGUUUUUCUUCAUGUACCUCCUCCACCUCAACUUUUCUUUUCCACUUUACCCAACUUCACUUCUCCUCCAUCUCUCUCCCCUUUCUUGAUGGGUUACCUUUCUUGUAAGGCUGAAUCCGCUAUUGCCGUCUCUACGCCAUCCCCCUCCCAGCCUUCCGCCGCUCUUCAGAACAAGCAGGAAAAGCCGAUCAAGAUCCAUCAGUUCCACUACAGCGACCUCGAGGCGGCAACCAACGGCUUCUCCGAGCAGAAAUUGCUGGGCAAAGGCAGCCAUGGCUGCGUCUACAAGGCUGUCCUGCGUGGCCGCCGUGUCGCCGUCAAGAAGCCCUCCAGAGGGCUCGAGUUCGCUCACGAAGUCGACAACGAGAUCGAGAUCCUGUCAAAUAUUCGCAGCCCAAGAUUGGUAAAUUUGCUGGGGUUUGCUAAUAAUGAUACUAAACAUAGAUUGCUUGUUGUCGAGUUUAUGUGCAAUGGUACUCUUUAUGAUGUUCUUCACUCGAAUUCCAGACCCCCAAAUUGGGGUCGAAGAAUUAGGAUGGCCCUGCAGAUUGCUAAGGCUGUUGACACUCUGCACUCGCAGAAUCCGCCCAUUAUCCACAGAGACAUCAAGUCUGCUAAUGUGUUGAUUGACAGAAAUCUUAAUGCUAGGUUGGGUGAUUUUGGGCUGGCUCUUAGGUGUGGCGUUGGUGAUGGUGAUAGGCUUAGAUCAACCCCACCUGCUGGAACAAUGGGGUAUCUUGAUCCUUGUUAUGUCACACCAGAUAAUUUGAGCACCAAGACUGAUGUUUUCAGUUUUGGGAUUUUGUUGUUGGAGAUUAUUAGUGGGAGGAAGGCUAUUGAUGUGGGGCAUUCCCCUCCUUCAAUUGUGGACUGGGCAAUCCCCAUGGUAAAGAAGGGGAAGCUUGGUCUUAUCUACGAUCCGAGGAUCCCACCCCUCAAGGAUCCUUUGCUCAAGAGGCAGUUGGCUCUGAUUGCUUCCAAAUGUGUUAGGUCUUGUAGGGAGAGGAGGCCAUCAAUGAAGGAGGUUGUUGAUUGGUUGAAUGCAUUGAACAAAUUGGUUCCUCUUCACUCAUGGAAUGGAUUCAACAAUCCAUGUAUGAUGGUAGAGACGAUGGGGCGUCCUGUUGAACUGAUGAUGAAUGGUCAGUUUGGUUUGAGACAGCAAGGUAUUGGAGGUGAGAACUUGGAUGGAGUUGAUGGGAAGCUCGGUACGCGAAUGAUGAAGGAUUCAAGAAGAGUGUUUUCAGAUUUGGGAUUGCGGAGCAAUUUGAUAGAUCUCAUGGAACGUGCAGAGGGGAAGUCUGGGUUUAUGAUUGAAGGCGAUCAUGAGGUUGAUCAGUCUGAUCUAAGGCCCUCAAGGCGGUUUUCUCGUUCCAUUUUUGGUAGUGCAAGAUAUGUAACCAGAGGAAGAACACAGUCCAGGGCUCCCAAUACAGAUAAAGCUGUUUCACAUAUGCGGAGGAUAAAAUCAGUUGGGGAUGGAUCGGACUUGUUUGCUGAUCAAAUAGAAGAGAAAUCUUCUCGUUCAGGUUGUAGUGCUACAGCCUGUGAGGAUGACUAAAAGGAUUGUGUCGAUCCAUAGAUGCUCAUGGUUGUAAGCUGUUAGUGCUUGUGAAUUACAGGGAAGCAGAUUUGUGGUUGUUUCAUAGUUUUUCUCUUCUGGUUUCUGAUUAUUAGCAUUCUUUUGCUGUCUUCUUCCAAAUGUUAAUGUAUUCCCACAUUUGACAAUGUGUAGCUCCAAUGAUACAUGGCCAUCCAGCAGUUACUUGUUCAUCCAACUGUAGUGUAAGAUUUAAAAUGCUCUUUUGAAUAAAUGCGGAGCAAGAUUAUGUGUCCACUACGUGACAUCAAUCUUGGUUCCUUGCUGCUGUCAUGCAUUUUGAUUCAUGUUUGUUUCUAUCUAAACUGAUGCCAACAUCAGAUAAUAUGCAAGCUCUCUAUUAGCUGUAGGCGAUAGCAAUAGUCAACCAUUGAUCCAUAUUUCCCAGAUAUUGCAAUAAAAAAUUUCUAGUAGUUAUUGUAAUAUAAACAGAAAAAAAACCCUGAAAUAAUUUUUUUUUAAUCACAAUACAUCACUUUGAAUCCCCCCUCCCCCCCACACCCUAAAUACUAGAGUUCGGAGCAGUUCGCUUCAAUGUCAAGCGAACCACUAUCGAAUCUACUAGAUAGUGCAGCGCUCCACUCCAAAUCUCCCGGAUAGAAGCAGAAUCAAGCAACUAGAGUCUAAACAACUCGGAUCACGGCCAACACAAGUGAACCACCCUCAAAACUAUGUUGCAGAGCACACCAAGUUCGUCGAUGAAAUCCACAAUGUCAAGCGAACCACUACCGAAACUUCUAGAUAGUGCAGCGAUCCACUCCAUAUCUCCCGGAUAGAAGCGCAAUCUAGCAACUAGGGUCUAAACAACUCGGAUCACGGCCAACACAAGUGAACCACCCUCAAAACUAUGUAUAUUGCAGAGCACACAAAUGAACCACUCUAGUUCGUCGAUGAAAUCCACGAUCUUUACCUAAUCUAGGUAGGAAUUUCCAACGACCUUAACAUUUCGCUCUGUUAACCGAUCACAGUGAUAUUUAUUUGAUUUUCCAUAACUUUACCAAGACUACAACUUUUGUUAUAGAAAUAUUUUCUGAAUGUAAAUGGAAAUGUGAAAAUGAAAGCUAGAGUCAUUCUCAAAAUCUCUUAAAUCCAAAAACAUCUCCUAUUUUGGAAAAUUCUCUCUAGUAUAAUUUGUAGUCGUUAACAAGAAACGAAAAAAUAAAAAAAAUAUGUAAUUGUCAGAUUGUGGAGCACAAAAUUAGUGUGGCUCGAUGCUGUCACUAGCCAUUCACUAUGGAUCGUUUUAUCAGUUGCGAUCCAUAGUGAUUUAGUUUGGUUCGCUUAGGCCGGGCGCGCAUUUGUUCAGUUUUGCCCCAUCCGAUGUAGAUCGCUCCCGUGUCAAGCAAACUAGGUAGUAGUUCACAUGUCAUUGGAGUAGGAAUGAAAAUAGAGCAGGUAUGGGACUAUUAUAUCGAUAUCCAUACUCGUCCCGGGACGGGUCAAGUCCAGUUCAGUAAUUUAUCAUGGUGCACCGAUCGGGGCAGGUCAAGCCAUAUGAGUAUGUGAUUUGAAAGGAAAACAUUAGAAAUAUUAUUAUUCAAUAAAAUUCUAAGGGAAAAUGUAAUAUGAUAAAUGCAGUCAAAUUAUUUGAAAAAUUUAGACUCUCACUUAUUUAUCACUUCAUUAUAGCUAAAAUAUAAGGUAAUAAAAAUAAAAUCUACGUAGUUUGAGUAAAUUUACAUGUAGUUUACCCCAAAAUUGGUCGAGAAUGAGGGUCAGGACAUAUCAGGUUGAGGAGCUCGUCCCGUCCCGUCUAGGAUACGGAUAAUACCCGCCCAAAGUAGGUCAGCUAAAACGAAUCUAAUUGGAAUUGCGAUCCUUAUAAUGGAGCAAACGACUCCAAACUCUAGUAUUUUGAAACAAUAAUUCAAAAGAUUUAUAAUGAACAUUUUUUAUUAAU